UCAGUCUACUCUUUCCCCCGGAAGCCCGGAAUCUAAUCGAGCAAAAACACGAGACAUAUGCACGUGAUGAUCAUGCCAACGUGCCUCCAGAGUGAUAGAGGUGUGCCCAAUCGUAGAGCAGACGCCGGUUUAGCCUUCCCCAACCAUCGGAUCCUCGUAACUGCUUUAGGGUACACCACGUUACCCUAGGAGUUGUAAAUACGCUAUCGGCGUUCCCCUAACUUUACACUGCAUUAUUGUGCAUGUGACACGUUAUGUACCAUUGAACAAUAAGCUUUGAUAACGAGCCAUUUGCCGCGAUAGAUAAAUGGGGUCCCAGGUUCGAUGCUUUCUACCAUUUCUUCUCCAUUUCUUAGAGUAAUAAGAUUAGGUCCUGUUUUACUGUGCUAACUCCGAUCCCCUGAACAACUGAUCGAGAUGCAGCUUUCCCAUAAGGAUCCUACCAAGUGGCUAACCAAUCAGCAUUUCGAGAAAGCGCUCAUCUACCAAACGAAAGAUCGCGAGUUGAAGGUGACCGAUGUGCACCUGGCACUGCAUGGGGACGCCAGUCAGCAGUACGCCAGCACCAUUUACCGGGCCUGUGUGAGCUACCAAAGCCGGAAGAAGGUGGAAACUGUGAGUUUGAUCGUGAAACUCUUGGCCUCGAAGGUGAACAGCAUUACCGAUGAGUCUUCGUUCGAAACCGAGCUAAGUGUGUACCGCGAUGUGCUCGGGAAGAUGGAAUCCGUUUUAAGCGAUACUAAGUUUGGUCCUGAAUUGAUUUUCACCUCGAACGAACCCGUACAACACAUGCUACUGGAAGAUUUGACCCACCGGCAGUUUGUGUUCGGGAAAACGUUGCUGAAUUUCGAUAGCUCCACGGUGGUGCUGAAGAAGUUGGCCCAGUUCCAUGCCGUCUCCUAUAGCAUGAGCAACUCCAGUACGAGCAAAUUAUCUGAUAAGCUGAGCAAUGGCCUGUUCAAGGCAAAACCAUCCGAUGGGGUCAAAUUUAUGAUGGAAAAUUUUGGCGUUUUUACCGAGCAACUAUCGUCCUGGGAAGGCUACACGAACUACGCGGACCGGUUCCGGCAGCUUCAGGCAACGUUUCUUGAGCGUGGAUUAAAAAUCUACUCCGCGGCGGAUGAUUUCUCCUUCCAAGUGCUGAACCAUGGAGAUUUCCACUACAAUAACAUGGCAUUCAAGCAAACGGCCGACCAGAACGGGCUCGCCGAUGUGCUAUUCUUCGACUAUCAGCUCAGCUGUUGGACAACGCCGGCUGUGGAUUUGCUCUACUUCCUCUAUCUGGUUUGCGAUCGCGAGGCACGCGAAGAGCACCGUCAGGAGCUGGUGCAGAUUUACCACCAGGAGUUUACGGAAACGCUGAGCAGGGCAGGAUUCGUCGGUAAAACACCGUCGCUUCUCAACCUGAACUGUGAUCUGGUCCGCGCUGGCUUUCUGGAGGUGUUAAUAGCCGUUUGCUUCUUGCCCUUCCUCUUCGCUGACUACGAUCAAGCCAUCAACGUGUACGGCAAUGAAGCCGAUGCCCAUGCUUACAGACGCAAGCUGUACAACCGAGAGGAAUAUCGGACUCUUCUCGAACCACUACUGCCACGCUUCCUCCACCUGGGCUUCCUGGGAUGACGGGGACAGAGGGGACAGCAUUCAGUGCGAAAUAAAUCCCUAAACAGAUCGUUCA